GUGACUAAAUGACCCAAUCACCCCCUCUUUUUUUCCCCCAAAUUGAAAAUGCAACCUAAAAUCAAAACCAAAGGUCUCGAAAAUCAAACAAAACCCCCCACUUCUUCUACUCCAUCCACAUCUCUCCAAAAUCACCCCAUUUUCCCAAUCGGAUCCGAAGUCGAGGUUACCUCCGACGAAGAAGGUUUCAGUGGUGCCUGGUAUUGUGCUACUGUUAUUCAACCUUCUUCUUCAGAGCAGCAACAGCAAGGAGUAGACGGAAAGGUGUUUGUGGAGUACAAGAAUCUGUUGAAUGAACAUGAUCCUUCCCUUUUAAAGGAAUUUGUGGAUGUUGAGUUCUUGCGGCCUAAACCUCCACUUGAUGAAGAUGACAAGAUUUCUUUCGACUUAGACGACGCCGUUGAUGCAUUUUACCAAGAUGGGUGGUGGUCUGGGAUUGUCACAAGUGUGGUUUCUAAAGAUAAGUAUAGGGUCACCUUCUAUAAUCCACCUGAUGAGUUAGAAUUUCACUCUUCUGAUCUUAGGGUUCAUAAGGAUUGGGUCCAUGGCAUCUGGGUUCUCCCUCAAUUUCAGAGAAUGAGGGAUUUGAAUUUUAGCCCAGGAACAGCUGUAGAAGUGAACACCGAUCCAGAUAGUUCGUCUGAUGUUUGGUUCCCUGCAACUUUUAUUAAACAAGCCGCCAAUAACUCCUACUUGGUGGAGUUUCAGAGUUCAAAAGAAGUCGGUCUUCAGAAAGUAGCCGUAGAUUCUCUUCAUAUUAGACCUUCACCUCCUUGUUCGAGUAACAAAGCCUUUAACUUGCUGGAGAAAGUGGACGCAUUCUACGAUUUCCGUUGGUUGAGUGGGGUGGUGACCAAAAUUCUUGCAGACGGAAGGUACAUAGUUUAUUUUAAGCGCACAAAGAAGGAGAAAGAGCUGUCUCAUACAGAUUUGAGGCUCCACAUGGAGUGGAAUAGUGGCAAGUGGAUUCAUUUUUCCCAGGAUACUUCAGUUACGUCAAACUCUGAAAAGCGUUCAAACUAUGUUGUUAAUGGUGGUAACAAGGACAAGACCUGUGUCCCAUUCGAAGUUUCAGUUGUUGUGAAGAAAAAUGCUGCAUUGGAUAGAAAUUCCACCGUAACUCUUAAGAGUUGUCAGAAAGAGUUGACACCUGGCAAUGAAAAGGCCAGUUACAGCAGUGCAACACCUAGCAGCAAGAGAACUAAGCAGACAAGUGCAAAUGGCGAUAGUUAUUCCAGGCCUUCAAGAAGAUCAAAUGAAGAACCUGCAUCUAAUGUGCUGUUAUCUUCUGAGACGUGCAAAUCAAAGACGCAACAAAUGGAGAAUUCAAGUUAUGGGACUCCUCUAAAUCUUGACUCCCCACCACCUGGUCACUCUGUGCAGUUUAAAACGAAACAAUUUGAAGACAGCAGUCAACCUUCUGAUCCUACAGAAAUGACGGUGGACUACGAUAAGCAUUCUGCCUCACGAAAGAGAGGAAGACCACCAAGACAACGAGCUUUGCCGUCAGAAGAUGUAGAUGGAGAGACUAUCGACCAAACACCAAUUUCAAGUGAUGUGAUGAAACCAUUUGGAACUAUAGUUAUGGGGCUGACACAUGAUGGCAAAAUGGUUGAUUCAUUAGGUGAGAGUUCAAGUCAGCAUAGGAAGGCUGUAGAGGAUGAAGAGAAAAAUGCGGAUUCUUCAGCAGACCAUGAAAGCAUAGUAAGCAAUGGGAGUGAGCAACAGAAAGAAGGCGAAGUCACCAAUCUGAAGAGGAAGAGAGGCCGGCCACCUAAAGUAUUGUUCCGACUUGGUAGUCCACAGACCAAAGAAGCAGAGUUCGCAGAAGAGGAGAAGAAAAACGAUGCUUCUGAUGCCAAAGGUGAUGAAAGACACUCUCCAACAAAUGAAGUUGAGAAACCUGUUGCUAUGGUUGAGCCCUCUGGGAUUAACGAUUCAACACCUGCUGAUUAUGAUGCUAGUGUGAGGAAAUUUACUGAACAAAUUAAGCUACUAAGUGACAUACGUAGGCUGAACACGAGAAGUACUUCAAAAAAGACAGGGAGAAAACAGAGGAAAGUCCCAACAGAAUCUGUUAUGGUAGAUAUAAAUGAACCUGUUAAACCUAUUAUAUUGAGGAAAGGAAGGAAACAAAAACCAACGAAACUGGUUGAAACUCAAAUUGAAGAUGGUGUAGACAACUCUAGAAUGAGAGUCAUUGAGGUUUUUAACAAUGGCGUAGCCAGAGAUGUUGAUAGAGACAGAGUUAUUGCUGGAACCUCAAGCAAUGCUUCUGAUGAUGAUAGGCCAUUAUCAGCCUGGUUUGAAGGAAUUCCUCCAGGUGGAACUGCCGGCCAAUCCAGUGAGAGCGGAGAAAGAGGAGAAGAAAUCAGGACAGCAGCAGUUGGUCAACUGGAAGAGAAGGAACAAGACAAGUCUACUUCCACUGAAAAUGGCAGCCGAGAACAAGACAAAAAUGACGAGAUUCCAAUACAAUCACAGUCCACUGCAAUUGUUGUCCCCGUGGAAGAACAAGACUUACCCUUUGUAAAGAAUUCCCUCAUUUGGGAAUUGAUUGAGAACAUGGAAGUUUUGAAGCGAAUUCCACAAAAACCACAUUUCUGGCCUUUGUAUAAUUGCAAGGAAGAAUGUCGUGAAGGAUUAGCCAUAGGCAGUAUGGUAACUUUCACCAGUUUAGUGGAGAGAAUAUCAAAGUCCCGGUUUAGUGACCCUAUAACCCAAUUAGAUGGGUAUCUUGAAGCUCUAGUUGACUUGGAAGAACUAGGUUUUAGUGUAUCACCCGUAAGAGACCAGUUGAAGAGGAUGAUGUCCAUAAAAUUCAGGUGUGAAAAAGCUGAAAGUUCAUCUAAAGAGAUCGAAACCAAGAUCUUGGAACGCAGAUUGGAGCAGUCAAAGAUCAAUGAGGAAGUUGCAGAACUAGAUAAGAAGAUAGCUGAGUUAAAGGAGAAACGGGCCUUAGUAGUGUCAAAGAAAGAGAAAAAGGAUGCUGAGGUCACAUUGUUGCAGACAAACAUCGAUGCUGUUAAGUACUCCAUUGAACAGGCUGAAAGGGAGUUUGAGAAAGAAACAACCUCACUUUGUGCUGUCUACAAGACCAGCUAUUACUUAUAUGCCCUUCGAACAGGGUUGAUGUUUGAUGAGCCCCAGAUUUCUAUCGUGUACAAUGAGUUGUUCUACAUCGUUACGGAAUACAACCCCCCUUUCCUUCUCCCUCUCUCUCCCGAAUCGUCACUCGUUUUCUCUCUCCUAAACUCAACAAUGGCGGACGAUGAAUCAGAGUACGAACAAAUCUUCAAGAAAGGCACCAUUGUUGAAGUCAGUUCUGAAGACGAAGGUCUUCGAGGUUCUUGGUACACUGCCACUGUUCUCCGCACCAUUUCUCGUAAAUCCCACCAAAUCUUCGUCGAAUACCACAAUCUCAUGGAAGACGACGCCGGUUCGAGGCAUCUCUGUGAAUACGUUGACGCUCUCCUUGUCCGGCCCAUUCCUCCUCGUGAACCGAACCGCCUUUACUCUCUAAUGGAAGAUGUUGAUGCUUACCACAACGAUGGCUGGUGGGAAGGUGUUGUCACGAAGAUUGUAGAACCUUCUAGUUCUUACUCUGUUUUCUUCCGUUGUUCUCGUGAGCAGAUCGAUUUCUCCCCUUCCGAUCUUCGGUUGCAUCGUGAGUGGGUUCGGGGAAAUCUUUGGGUCCCGCCUUUGGAGCAACAUGCAUCUCCUCCUCCUAGCCAGAGGAAAAGGAGUGGGGAAGAUGGGAGAAAUGGUAGGGGUACAAGGGGUGGAGGAGAAAGAGACAUAGGAAGGAGAAGUGCUAAUACUUCAACUAAACAAGAUGGUUUUGUGACGAAUGGAAGAUGCACGGAAGAAAGAAGGAGAAGCAAUCGAUCCAUUAGUAAUGACAGGGAAGCCAGGAAAAUAAAGGAUGGUAAACUAGGGAUUAGUAGCAAUGGUGCAUGCAAGAAACAUGAAAAUGGUAAAUUAAAAGAACCAAGAAGGAGAGCUAGCAAAAAUGCAGGUCGCCAACUAGCACCACUACCAAGAUGACGAAGAAUUUCCCUCAAAAACAUAAAACAACAUGACGAAGGAUGAUCGCCACUCUAGCAUUUGAUAUAUCUUUUUUUACAACUUACAAGAGCUUUCUAACUAUCCUAUAAGUUAUGGCCUCACCAAUUUUAUUUUUUUGGAGCUUUUGAAGGUUCUUCCAUGCACUCUUAGG